GCCCCACGCCGCCGCGCAUGCGUCCUGGGCUAGCCCGCUCGCUGUGAGGCGGGGCGAAAGGACAGGCUUUUUUUUUUUUUUUAAUUCUUGCUCCCGCCUCUCUUCUUCCCCCACCUGCCACGUACUGGGCCCGAGUUCUCGCUGGACUCGUCGGGUCCGUGCGAUCGGCCGGGGCCCGUGAGCGAGGUGCGGCGGCCGCGGAGGGCGACCGAGCGGCCUGUGACCACAGCCUCCCUGCGACGCCCCAGAGUCCGGCGGCAGCGGCGGCCCAGCCGGCGGAGACCCGCUCGGAGGCGGCCGCAGCGGCCUGGGCAAGCCGUCUUUCUCUAGAGUUGUAUAUAUAGACCAUCCUGGAGUCCACCAUGAAUGGACAGUUGGAUCUAAGUGGGAAGCUAAUCAUCAAAGCUCAGCUUGGGGAGGACAUUCGGCGAAUUCCUAUUCAUAAUGAAGAUAUUACUUACGAUGAGUUAGUGCUAAUGAUGCAACGAGUUUUCAGAGGAAAACUUCUGAGUAAUGAUGAAGUCACAAUAAAGUAUAAAGAUGAAGAUGGAGAUCUUAUAACAAUUUUUGAUAGUUCUGAUCUUUCCUUUGCAAUACAAUGUAGUAGGAUACUGAAACUGACAUUAUUUGUUAAUGGCCAACCAAGACCCCUUGAAUCAAGUCAGGUGAAAUAUCUUCGUCGAGAACUGAUAGAACUUCGAAAUAAAGUGAAUCGAUUAUUAGAUAGCUUGGAACCACCUGGAGAACCAGGACCAUCCACUAAUAUUCCUGAAAAUGAUACUGUGGAUGGUAGGGAAGAAAAGCCUGCUUCUUCUGAUUCUUCUGGAAAACAGUCUACUCAGGUUAUGGCAGCAAGUAUGUCAGCUUUUGAUCCUUUGAAAAACCAAGAUGAAAUCAAUAAAAAUGUUAUGUCAGCAUUUGGCUUAACAGAUGAUCAGGUUUCAGGGCCACCCAGUGCUCCUGCAGAAGACCGUUCAGGAACACCGGACAGCAUUGCUUCCUCUUCCUCAGCAGCUCACCCACCAGUUCAGCCACAGCAACCACCAUAUACAGGAGCUCAGACACAAGCAGGUCAGAUGUACCAACAGUACCAGCAGCAGGCUGGCUAUGGAGCACAGCAGCCACAGGCUCAGCCCCAGCCGCCUCAGCAGUAUGGUAUUCAGUAUUCAGCAAGCUAUAGUCAGCAGACUGGACCCCAGCAACCUCAGCAGUUCCAGGGAUAUGGCCAACAACCAACUUCCCAGGCACCAGCUCCUGCCUUUUCUGGUCAGCCUCAACAACUGCCUGCUCAGACACCACAGCAGUACCAGGCGAGCAAUUAUCCUGCACAAACUUAUGCCACCCAAACUUCUCAGCCUACUAUUUAUACUGUGGCCCCUGCCUCUCAGCCUGGAGUGGCUCCAAGCCAGCCUGGGGCCUAUCAACCAAGACCAGGUUUUACUCCUCUUUCUGGAAGCACCAUGGUCCCUCCUCCAAGUGGCCCUAACCCCUAUGCACGUAACCGUCCUCCCUUUGGUCAGGGCUAUACCCAACCUGGACUUGGUUAUCGAUAAGGAGAUUCUGCCACACUGAUCAAUGUAGCUGCUAGCUAUUUGCCUCCCAGAAGACUCCAAUACUACUAUUUUAAUUUGUAUUGAAGUUCAGAAAUUUAAAAAGCAGAGCAUUUUUUUAUGAUAUCAUUGUUGCUGUUAAUUGAAAGUAUGAUUUGCUGGAACACAAAGACCAAAAUGAAAGUUUUUUCCUCCCUGCUUAAAAAUGUAGCAGCUUCCUAGUUAUUUUGGAACACUACUCCUAUGUGUGUAAAGUGAUUGACUUUCUAGCUUCCCUUGUCCAGAGGAUAUUAAAAUGCUAGGUUGAGGUUUAGCCAUCUUACUUGGCUUUUUACUAUUAACCUGAUGUACUAAAGUAGAGCCCUUUGAAAAGACUAGAUAUUAUGUAACAUUGAUAGGUUAAUAAAGAUGAUUGAAUUCA